UAAAGCACGUGAUGCGGAAGUGACUAAAGUAUAACAAAUCGCACAAAAUUAAAAAUUGUUUUGAUAGCAUUUCAGCAACUUCAGUUGUUAACAUGCUGAAACCAAAAGCUCUGACCCAAGUGCUAAGUCAAGCGAACUCUGGAGGUGUUCAAAGUACUUUGUUGUUGAACAAUGAGGGAGCAUUGCUAGCCUACUCAGGGUAUGGGGAUAAAGAUGCUGCUGUCACAGCUGCCAUUGCUAGCAAUAUCUGGUCUACAUACCAGAAAUCUGGGGCCACAGCUUUAACAGAUGAUAAACUCAAAUUUGUUUUGCUGGACUGUGAGGAUGGUAAAGUAGCUAUCACACAUGUUGCCAAUCUUCUACUAUGCCUGUGUUGUAAGGAAAAUGUUGGAUUUGGAAUGUUAAAAGCAAAGGCUGAAGCAUUAGCAAUGUAUUUAGAGGAUCCUCUCUCACAGAUUGCAGCCUCCUGACACAACCUAUCUAUAGACCUUAUAGAAACACUGAUUAAAAUACAACUGACAAUAAUGAAUUACAGACGUGUGUAACAUUGAAACAUGAAGAAAAUUCCAGAUCCUGCUCUAUUGUGCUGCUCGGUUAGCUUGUAUCAGAUCUAGCAAUAGUUGAGAAAGUACAUGUACAAUGUGUAUAGAUUUGCUAGGAAAUGUUUUGUAUGACAAGAUUCUCGAGGUGAAUUGGAGAUAAAUAUGUGUAUCCUAAGUUUAACAUUGACAUAGUAAUGUAAAUUGAAGAAUUUCUGUUUUAAGAUUUGUUGGCAUUGUCAGGUCCAAAAAACAUUUUGCUGCACCCCAACACUAACUCCACGAUGCUUCCCUGCUGCACCCCAACACUAUACUCCACGAUGCCUCCCUACUGCACCCCAACACUAUACUCCACGAUGCCUCCCUCUUUCACCCCAACACUACUCCACGAUGCCUCCCUGCUGCACCCCAACACUGUACUCCAAGAUGCCUCCCUGCUGCACCCCAACACUGUACUCCACGAUGCCUCCCUGCUGCACCCCAACACUAUACUCCACGAUGCCUCCCUGCUGCAUCCCAACACUACUCCACGAUGCCUCCCUGCUGCACCCCAACACUAUACUCCACAAUGCCUCCCUGCUGCACCCCAACACUACUCCACGAUGCCUCCCUGCUGCACCCCAACACUAUACUCCAUGAUGCCUCCCUGCUGCACCCAAACACUACUCCACGAUGCCUCCCUGCUGCACCCAAAUACUGUACUCCACGAUGCUUCCCUGCUGCACGCACCCCAACACUAUAUUCCACGAUGCCUCCCUGCUGCACCCAAACACUAUACUCCACGAUGCUCCCCAGUAAAUCCUUCUAUGACCAAGUACUUUUACUUCACUAAUAAAUAUCUAAAUAUCAUAUAUUACAACACUGUCAUUACAUUCUAACAACUCAUAGUAGUUAAAUGUUAUAUAUGUCAGAACAUAAUUGUCAGAAAGUUAUGGCAAUGUUGUUAUAUAUGGUAUUUGAAUAGUAUUUAUGUCUGCACUGUUGAAAGUAUUGGGUUAUUACUGUUGGGUUGAAGAGAGAUUUGGGUGAAAGAUGGAGGUAAAAGUGUUUGGGGGGUGGGGAGGGGGAAAUGUAUUUUUUUUGUCCUCGCAACAUGCUGAACACAUGGGCCUAGUUGUUUAAAACUUUAACCAGCAGUUAAAUUUUGAUUCAAAAUAUAAGUCUUGGUGGAAAACAUUAGUUUAAUGUUUUAAUUUUACUAUAAAGACAUUUUAGUGUUAAUAAUCCUUAACUCAUACAUUUGUUUUUCUCAAUUUUCUAAAACGUUACCGACCGUUAGCUUAAUCACCUGUAAAAAUUUCGAGCAACUGAGUCCUGUUGGUUGAGAUGGAUUGUUGGCAUAAAAUUAGAUCUGUAGCCUGUUUCCACAUAAUUGUAUGCUGAUAAAAAACCUCAAGGACCUUGCUGGCUCAAUACAUAUUAGUCUGUUUUAGAUUUAGGGCAAUUAUUGUAAGAAAAAUGGAUCAAAUUACUGACGGAUUCAAAACAGUAAAAUUGUGUUAUAUAUGGAGUAAUUGUACUAAAGUUUAUUUAUAUUUUGUAAUUGUGUUAAAUGUGAUUAUUAAAUUUUGUCAUAUGUUGAUUAUAAUGAUCCAUCACCUGCAAAGUUCAUUGUUGAAUAAAGUAUCCAUAUGGAUAGUGAUAAACUGG